AUGUGUGCUUCAAUCGUUGUUACAUCCGGUGCCAUCGACUACUCGGACCGCAUUGAUGUUCAUGUCAUGUCGUUAGAUAAUUUAUCAGUCGACUCGGCACCUUUCCAAGCAGCAGCUUCCGUUUCAUGUCUUCCUCCAUAUUCAUUUAAUCCCUCCAGUAAGAAAAGUACGGACGAGUGA